AUGUUCGUCGGUUCGAUGGACUGUUUUCUAACAUAUAAUCUUUCAUGUAUAAAUGGUACUCUUGCUCAGUUAAAUUCAUCGACAUUUGUAUUCGGAGACAUUCUACGUCCUCACGUCCUAACUGGUGACGACUAUUCGACAACAGAUCUAACAUCAUCGAAACCUACUCAUCCCGAACCAUCAUCGAUCUUUGUUUCGACUCAACAUUGUAUCAUAACAUCAAUUAUACUUGGUGCAAUUAUUUUAGGAACAGUAACGGGAAAUAUUCUUGUUAUCGCUGCUGUUAAAUUAGAAAAAGCGCUUCAUGCUGUUGCUUACUAUCUCUUCGUUUCAUUAGCGGUGGCCGAUCUCCUAAUCGCUACAAUGGUAAUGCCCAUUACUCUUUUGAAAGAAGUAACACGUUCAUGGAUACUUGGUUCGUUUAUAUGUGAUGCUUUUGUGACAAUUGAUUUACUAUGUUGCACAGCUUCAAUAUUGCAUCUUGUUGCCAUUGCACUCGAUCGUUAUUGGUCGAUUACCAACCUGGAUUAUGCAACAAAGCGCACACCUGCUCGAAUCUUGAUUCUAAUAUGCGUUAUAUGGGUAACAUCAAUCUUGAUCUCCAGUGCUCAUCUCUUUCCUAUAUUUCGUGAUGUUAAUGGUCGUCCUUCGGAUCAAUGUCGUUUAAUAGGCAAUGUACCAUAUACUAUCAUUUCGACUGUUGGAGCGUUCUAUAUUCCUCUCAUUGGGAUGUGUAUCAUCUAUUGGAAGAUUUUUCAAGCGGCCAAAUUUCGUAUACGUCGUCGUGCAUUCAACUCUGAACGUUCGACUGCAACAACAUCGCUGCGACUACCACCGUCAGGUAUUACCUCCGUGCCGGAAACACAUCCACAAACGAAUGCUUUACUUACAUCAGAAACCGACAAUCAUGAAGUGCCGCAUCCAAAUAAAAGCAAAUAUCAAGCAUUUUCUUCUUUCCAACUAAAAAGACUUUUCAAAAGAAAUCUGAUCGUUUCCAAUCAUAAUCAUCCGCAUGAUAUUGAACCCGAGAACGGUUCAACGAUCUCCUCCAAUGCAAGUCAACAUCAUAAUGAUUAUCAAUUAAAACCAUUGAAAAAAUCCAAGAAUUCUCUAAUAAAAAAGCCACGUUCUAGUCGUACUACAACUACUGCAGUUAUCUCCUCACCUACAAUUCAAUCAAACACGAACAAUCGUUCCAAACAAGACUCAGAAGACGAUUCAUUACAAAUCAAUUCUCCUGCUUCGAUAUCGUCGACUCGUCGUUUAAUAACACCGUCGUUUAAUAAUGAUUCUCCAAUAACAGUAAAUACAAUUACGAAUCCAUUAGGAAAUGCGAACAUGUCUGCGGCAAAUUCAGCUCAGAUUACCGAUAUGCCUGCUUCCAAAGUUGUCACGACAGCUGUGUUAGUUAGUGCAAAUAAUACAAAUUCUCAUGCAAAUAAUCGAACUGUUGUGACGAAAACAUUAAGUCAUACCUCGCGAAAGAAAAUUGAUAUUAAACGCGAACGUAAAGCGACAAAAGUUCUCGGUAUUGUGAUGGGUUGUUUUAUCCUAUGUUGGUUACCAUUUUUUCUCGAAGAAACCAUUUGUGGUCUCUUUCAUUUAACUAUGAAUGAGAAAAUUAUCAGUGUGUUAACUUGGCUCGGUUAUCUCAAUAGUCUUUUAAAUCCUGUGAUUUACACGAUAUUUUCUCCUGACUUUCGACAAGCAUUUAAAAAGAUUUUAUUCGGAAAAUAUCGAAAACGAACACGAUGA